AUGCCAAAGCUGAUUCCCGCCCGCUUCUACAAUACUGUAAUCGCAGCUUAUCAAUAUAUUUCCAGUGCUACAGGCGAACCUAUCAAAAUGACCUCGGCCAACAUUGCUGUGCCCUCAUUUGGCCGUACUGUCAUUGAGUCCGACAGAAAGGACGGCUACUGGGUGGAAACAUUCAAGUUUGGCAAGGGUGAAGUCCCUGGUCUCAUCGCAUCCGGGUUAUCAUCUGGAGAGGUUGAGUUCCUUGAUAAUCCUAUUGCCGCUGCUAAGCAUGCUGCGCAAGAGGAUGGUGGCACAUUCGACCCAUCGACAGUGAAUGUCUCUGGCCACUGGAAGAGACAUCUCAUUGCAAAAUUUGACAGUCCCGUCGCUGUCGUUGCUGUCGACAUCACUGGCAAUGGUCUCACAGACGUCGUCGUUUGCCAUGAUUAUGGCCCAUUCAUGUUGGAGUGCAACAUGAAAGGCGGGUGGAUUUCGUGGCUUGAAAACCCUGGUCGAGAUAAGCUGGGAGACGGCAUGUGGAAGCAGAGAAUAAUCGGUCGCUGGCCAGCGAUGCAUCGGAUCAAGGCUGGCUAUUUUACCCAGAGAUCCGUCAUGGAAAUUGUUGCAGCGUCGGUAGUUCGUGGAGCGCACGACAAAGUUACGCCCAUUCCCAUUAUUCGGUUCCAAGCUCCAGAAAAAUUCCUUGAAGCGGCUGAGUGGGAACGCUCAAUCAUCGAUGACGAAAACUUUACUGUUAUUCACGAGCUCACAAUCAAGAAGUUCAACGGACCGACAGGUCUCGACUCUAUGAUCGUCUCGUCCCGUGAGGGUGCAACUUGGCUGUAUUUCGAAAAUGGUGCCUGGCAUCGGCAGCUCCUCUCUAUUGGUGAGCCCAAGGAGGACCGCCAACUACCCAACUCACAGUCUCCGGGAUCUGGCGAUCACUGGGGAACUGGGUGUGCCGAUGCGGGACAAAUUGGCGAUGACCCUUUUGCAUACAUCGCCACCCUGGACCCUUUUCACGGUACGACUGCCUGUGUGCUUUCAAAAGUCGGUCGCGGUAUGAAGGACUCUAAGUGGCAGCGACACAUCUUGGAUAUCUACGGAACGCCUAACCAGCUUAAGAAAUAUGGCGAUGGCCCUGGUCACUACAUCGUCUGUGCCGACUUCGAUGGUGACGGCGACGAUGAGUUUCUGCUUGCCCUAUUUGGCUCGCUAAACCGCGAUAAAGAUUUGCAGUCUAUCCCACCCGACAAAGGCCCUAACCCAAACAAGGGAAUCAUGUAUUACAAGCCGAUCGACGUUGAGCGUGGUCUCUUCGCUAAAUGGAAGAUCGCGGAAGAGUCUUCCGCUCGCAUUGCCAUCGGCGAUUUCACCGGUAACGGUAGGAUCGAUCUUGUAUCGGUAGAGUACAAUGUCCCACGGUACUACGAGGAGCCUAAGCCAGUGAUUACUCUUCACCUCAACGAAUUUGCCAAGCCAAAACCGUCUGUCACCCAGCGUAGCAUUGUGCCUACAGUCUGGGACAAUGAAGGCAUGGUGUACCUUGCUCGCCCCGAGAAGGGCAUUGCCAUGCAAUCUCUUCCACUCAUCGAGGUUGCCAAUUAUGCAAUCAGCGUAGAGGUUCAUGAGCCUGGUGCGAAGAUUCCCAUUGGUCAUAAUGAAGGUAUCAAAGUUUUGUAUGGCACUGUUGCGGACAUCGAAGGCACUCGCUCAGCCAACAGCCUUCCACCUUUUCCACGCAUUGGCCCGGUUACCAGCGAUGACAAGAUAUUCAGUGCCGACAAGCAGAAAGGCGCCAUUCUGUUGAGAAUCGUGCCAAUCGAAGAAGCAGGCGAGUGGGAGAAGGCCGAGGACGUCCCUGUUAAAACCACCUUCAAGACGAACGACCUUGGACUGGAAUUCCCCGAUCUUAAAUUUACCAAAGUCGAGAAGCUCUGGUGGGGCUCCAAGUUUGAAGGCGUCGACUUUACAAACCUAUCCGGAUUUUACUUCAGAUUCCAGGACGACAAAACCCAGAUUGCCCACAUGCAAUUCUGGACGGCUGGUCCCAAGGUUGACUGCGGCAUUCACAAUCACAGUGACAAUAUUUUCCAGGAGAUACACGUGUGCCUUUCUCCUGGCAGCGGUAAUGGCGGUAUGUGGCGACUUAAGGAAGGUAAAGAUCCCAAGUCCGCAGAAGCAGACGAUUUCGAUAAACUUCCACUACCUCGUCUAUACGAGCACGGUGGCUUGUGGUACAGGGACUCUUAUGGAAAUGCAAUCCGUGGAGAAAACAAUGUUAUUGCCUACCCCUGGCAUAAGUGGAAAGCCGGUGGCGGUAAGAACAUUGACGUGUGGAUGGCACUUGAGUUCAAUCCAGAGCUCCUUGGGAGAGAGGAAUAA